CCACAGCUCCUGCGCCAUUCAACCCGGGACUGUCCACCGAAGCAGAAGCACCUAGCACCCAGCAGCCAGCAUCCAGCAAGCAGCACCGGAGACGGUACCAGCUUCUUCUUCUUAGACAGAGCCACCACCACCGCACCGACAACAUGCGUGAGAUCCUGCAUCUGCAGGCCGGCCAGUGCGGAAACCAGAUUGGAGCAAAGUUCUGGGAGGUGAUCAGUGAUGAGCACGGCAUCGACCCAACAGGCAGUUACCAUGGAGACAGCGACCUGCAGUUGGACAGAAUAAAUGUCUACUACAAUGAGGCUUCAGGUGGGAAAUACGUCCCGAGGGCCAUCUUGGUGGAUCUGGAGCCAGGCACCAUGGACUCUGUCCGCUCCGGCCCCUUUGGCCAGCUCUUCAGACCAGACAACUUUGUCUUUGGCCAGAGUGGAGCAGGUAACAACUGGGCCAAGGGCCACUACACAGAGGGGGCUGAGCUGGUGGACUCUGUCAUGGACGUAGUGAGGAAGGAGGCUGAGAGCUGCGACUGUCUCCAGGGUUUCCAGCUCACACACUCCCUGGGUGGUGGUACCGGCUCCGGCAUGGGAACACUGCUCAUCAGCAAGAUCCGCGAGGAGUACCCCGAUCGUAUCAUGAACACCUUCAGCGUGGUGCCCUCUCCUAAGGUGUCAGACACAGUGGUGGAGCCCUACAACGCCACCCUGUCAGUCCACCAGCUGGUUGAGAACACAGAUGAGACUUACUGCAUCGACAACGAGGCCUUGUAUGACAUCUGCUUCCGCACCCUCAAACUUACCACACCCACUUACGGAGACCUCAACCAUCUGGUCUCUGCCACCAUGAGUGGUGUGACAACAUGCCUGCGUUUCCCCGGCCAGCUCAACGCCGACCUCCGCAAACUGGCCGUCAACAUGGUACCCUUCCCUCGUCUGCACUUCUUCAUGCCCGGCUUUGCCCCCCUGACCAGCCGUGGCAGCCAGCAGUACAGAGCCCUCUCUGUGCCCGAACUCACUCAACAGAUGUUCGACGCCAAGAACAUGAUGGCCGCCUGCGACCCACGCCACGGCCGAUACCUGACAGUGGCCGCCAUCUUCCGUGGGCGCAUGUCAAUGAAAGAAGUCGAUGAGCAGAUGCUGAACGUGCAGAACAAGAACAGCAGCUACUUUGUAGAAUGGAUCCCCAACAACGUCAAGACAGCCGUGUGCGACAUCCCUCCACGUGGGCUCAAGAUGGCCGCCACCUUCAUCGGCAACAGCACAGCCAUCCAGGAGCUGUUCAAGCGCAUCUCCGAGCAGUUCACCGCCAUGUUCCGCAGAAAGGCCUUCCUCCAUUGGUACACCGGCGAGGGCAUGGAUGAGAUGGAGUUCACUGAGGCAGAGAGCAACAUGAACGACCUGGUGUCCGAGUACCAGCAGUACCAGGACGCCACGGCUGAGGAGGGAGAGUUCGAGGAGGAGGGAGAGGAAGAAGUGGCCUAAGGCUAAUAUCACUCAUUUCUCAACUGCACUCGUCACAACUCCAUCCAUUCUUCCCCUGACUUCAGCCCUACUCUGCUCUCUACUCUUUAUUUUUACAGUUCACUCAUUCCCUUGCUCCUUUCCUUCUGUUUUCUUUCCUCUCUUCCUCUCUCCACCUUGAGUAGGAACACCAAGCUGACCCUCUCAUCUUAGUUCUCAUGUAGAGGAAGCUAACACAGUUGUGCUUGUGCUCUUUGUUCUGUAGCCUUCUGGUGAUGUUCAAUUAUCACCCAGCAGUUCCAUCAAUAAAACCGUUCAACUCACCUAUAUCUGAGCAAUUGUCUAAUUUGCCAUUGAUUGAAAUAAACUUGUCGUGAACAAUUA